AUGAGAUUCAUGGAACUCCAGCACAUCCUGCACGAGACGUCUCUGGAGGUGCAGGGGAUUAAAGACGUCAGAUGGCUGGCGCGUGCCGAUGCGAUUCGGAGGCUCGUGGCAGUCCUACCGGCGGCAAUAGUUGUGUUGUGGGAGCACGACAAGAAAGCAUACGCGACAGUCACAAGCUUCAAGUUUCACUUCUUCCUCUUUUUCCUGGCAGAUGUGCUGAAACUGCUAAACGAGCUGAACCUCAAGUUUCAACGGCGCACGGUGGACAUCACCCGGGUGGCAUCCAUGGUCCACAACACGUGCAACAAGCUGAAGCAACGAUACAUCGAGCAUGGCGUCAACUACGCUGAGGAUAGCGAGUUGCUGACUGAGUUCUUGGAGAAGAAUGGACCGUUGAACAAGCGGGAGGUGACUGUCAAAGGCAUGGAUGGGGAGGGAAGUCCCGUCACCCACACUUUCAAGCUGCACGAAGACGCCAUCAAGGGUCAGAAGUCCAAGGGUGAUAAUGAAUCUUGCAUCACUGCAACCUCCCUUUUUGCACAGGAAGUUGUGAAGCACCUCCUGAAGCGGAUGGAGAGCCUAGACACCCUCAGCGGAUCGAAGCUUUUUCUGCCAGACGCGUACCCCGAUGAGAGAGCCCCUAAGAGGAAGGCCGAGAGAGGAACGACAGCUGCUGCCUCCAAUGAAGACGAAGAUGAGGAAGAUGUGGUAAGGCGGAGGACAUCAAAGAAGGGCAAGGCACGUGCAGCUGUAGUCGUCUCGGACAGUGAUGAUGACGACGAUGAGGGGAAUAAUAAUGGGCUUGAUGUUCGUGCGACAGUGGCGCUAGACUCUAAUACUGAGUAG